UGAGACGAAGCAGGAAACAGUCGGUGAUUCUUGGUCUCUACAGAGAGACACACAGACGAUCAGAUUCACCUUCAGCUUCCUCUGAGUGAGUCCAGCUGCAGGAAAGAAAAGUGGGAAACUUCAAGCUGCUCCCAGUCCACACACUGAAGCUUCACUCUCAGACCACAUGGCUUCCAUAUCAGAGGAGGAUCUCUGCUGUCCAGUCUGUAAGGACGUCUUCAGAGAUCCUGUUGUUCUGUCAUGUAGCCACAGCUUCUGUAGAGACUGUCUGAAGAGCUGGUGGACACAGAAACCAACACACCAGUGUCCCGUUUGUAAGAGAAGAUCUUCAAGAGAGGAACCACCUUUAAGUCUGGUGUUAAAGAAUCUGUGUGAGUCCUUCUUACAGGAGAGAGAUCAGAAAGCUUCAGAAGGUCUCUGCCAUCUGCACUCUGAGAAACUCAAACUCUUCUGUCUGGACCAUCAGCAGCCAGUGUGUCUCAUCUGCAGAGAUUCAGAAAAACACACCAACCACAGAAUCAGACCCAUCGAUGAAGCUGCACAACAGCACAGGAAGGAACUUCAGGAAACUCUGGAAUCAUUAAAGAAGAAACUGGAGCUCCAGAAGAACGUUCAGAAGAUGUUUGAUCAAACAGCAGAACACAUUAAGGUCCAGGCCCGACACACAGAGAGGCAGAUUAAGGAGCAGUUUAAGAAGCUUCAUCAGUUUCUAGCAGAGGAAGAGGAGGCCAGGCUGGCUGCUCUGAAGGAGGAAGAGGAGCAGAAGAGUGGGAUGAUGAAGGAGAAGAUGGAGGCUCUGAGCAGAGAGAUAGCAGCUCUUUCAGACACAGUCAGAACCACAGAGGAGGAGCUGAGAGCUGCAGACGUCUCAUUCCUGAACAACUACAAGGCUGCAGUGGAAAGAGUCCAGCGCUGCCCCCUGCUGGAUGAUCCACAGCUGCACUCAGGAGCUCUGAUAGACCAGGCCAAACACCUGGGCAACCUGGCCUUCAACAUCUGGAACAACAUGAAGGACCUGGUCUGCUACACUCCUCUCAUUCUGGACCCAAACACUGCUGGUCCAGGACUCUUCCUGUCUGAAGAUCUGACCAGUGUGAGAGGAGGAGAGGAACAGAAGCUUCCAGAUAAUCCAGAGAGGAUUGAUGGUUAUUGUGUUCUUAGUUCUGAGGGUUUUAACUCAGGAACUCACAGCUGGGAUGUUGAUGUUGGAAGUAGUAGAUUCUGGUCAGUGGGUGUGUUAGCAAAGUCUGUGAACAGGAAAGGAGGCAUCUUGUCUGGAUUAUGGGGAAUAAGGUUCUAUAAAGUAUUUCAGUAUAAUUACCAAUAUAAAAAAUCUGUUGAAUAUAAAGAUGAAUACUUAGCAGAGUCUCCAGGUUCUAAGAUUUUUCUUCCAGUUCAGGAGAAGCUGCAGAGGAUCAGAGUGAAUCUGGACUGGAACAGAGGAAAACUGUCUUUCUCUGAUCUUGAUACUAACACACACAUACACACCUUCACACACACUUUCACUGACAGGAUGUUUCCUUACAUAAACUCUGUUUAUGAAGUGAAGAUUUUACCUGUGAAGGUCUCAGUGAUGAAACAGCAGCUCUGAUGUGUUCAGUAUGAAGAACACAGAGUUCACAUUAAACUUUAUUGAUCUGGUUGAAAUUCACUGAUUUCAGGGUCAAACAGGAAGUUUGAAGCUGAAAUCAGAACAGGAGGAAAUCACUGAUCUUAAAGGUUGAAAGAAGUCAGUGGAUCAGCAUAAAUAUGGAAUAAACUUCUGUUAUGGGGAGGGCUAGAGGUUUGUUUAGUUAUUAAUAAACUCUGUUUACUUCAGUUUUAUCAGGUUCAUAUAGGGUUAAGGUGUUUUUUGUUUGUUUUGGAUGAAUUCUUUAUUGAGUGGAUGUAUAGUGUAUUUAAUUUUAUUUUCUUAAUGUGAAACCCUAACAAGAUGCAGAAAAACACAACCACACUGUUCACACACAUCCAUCCACCAUCCACACACACAUUCUCACAGAUAUUUUAAAUAUGCAGAAAAUUUAAUGGGAACCAAACACACAGAUCAAACCUUCAUUAGUAUUGAACAGAUAAAUACUAAUAAAGUAUCUGAUGUGCAAAUAUCUUGUGUAACAGUGACAGCUGGCAAAGCAGUUAAACAGUCGACCCUCAAAAUGAAAACAACUUAGAACUUUCCAGGUUCUGGUUUACAAAACAGGAUCAGAGUCUUUUAGAGGAAACUUCAGGUUUAUAUCAAGAUGUUCAGAAUCAUGAAGUUGGUUCAUUUCUUACCAGUUUGUAUCACCAUAGCAACAGAUGCUGGAACCAGCCUGUUCCACAGCAUCAGAUGAAGGACUUGAAGGCCAGGCUGUAGAAUAUUAAUGGAUCGUAGUUUCAGAGCUGCAGACCCACAUCACAGCUGAGAGUCGGUGUGUCUGAGUCUCAUUGGAAGAUGAUGGGAGGGAAUUAUUUUUAAUAAGUGGUUUUAGCAAAAUUUGAUGUUUUAUUAUUUAUGUUAUUGGAGCUGUUUGAGGAACAUUGUUUUUAAACUGUUGAAUGAUUUUCUUCCAUUUGGAGACAAAUUAGAAAACUUCUGUCCAUCUUUAAUCCUCAGAGACUUUCAUGGACGCUGACUUUUUACCAAAUCAUCAAUACAGUCAGCUGUUUGAAUUAACAUCAGUUUCCUUCAUUAUUAACUCUAAAU